CCCAAGAAAUCCGCCUUUUCUUUUUCUUAUCGUCACUGGCAUUACAGAGAACUUCCCAUGGCUGGUCUCAGCUUCAAUCCCACCAGAGUGAGAACCCCUCCUCUACAACUUCACCAACCCAUCUCCAAUUUCGCCUCUUUCCCGAACUUCACCGAUUUCCCUCAUCGUACUCCUCGAGGCCUCGCCAAAAACCAGCGACUCUUGCUCCGGUUUCAGCUUAACUCAGUGUCUCAAAGCUCCGUUUCAGCAGAGAAGGAACUCGAACUCAACGAGGAAGAAAAAGGUCAAGAAGAUGAUGACCCAACAGCAGAACUGAGCUACCUUGACCCAGAAACCGAUCCGGAGAGCAUAUCGGAGUGGGAACUUGAUUUUUGCUCGAGGCCCAUUCUUGAUAUAAGAGGCAAGAAGGUGUGGGAGCUGGUGGUGUGUGACAAUUCGCUUUCUCUUCAAUACACCAAGUAUUUCCCUAAUAAUGUCAUCAAUAGCAUCACUUUGAAGGAGGCUAUCGUGUCCGUUAGUGAUGAACUGGGCGUUCCUCUCCCAGAGAAGAUUCGCUACUUCAGGUCUCAGAUGCAGACAAUUAUCACAAAGGCAUGUAAGGAGCUCGGCAUAAAGCCUGUUCCAAGUAAGCGGUGUAUAUCACUACUACUCUGGCUAGAAGAGCGGUAUGAGACGGUCUAUACACGUCACCCGGGUUUUCAAAAAGGAUCCAAGCCUCUUCUGGCUCUUGAUAACCCUUUCCCAAUGGAACUUCCUGAAAAUCUGUUCGGUGAGAAGUGGGCAUUUGUCCAAUUACCGUACUCAGCUGUUUGUGAGGAAAUCUCAGGCUUGGACACAAGAUAUGUGUUUGGUUCAGGUCUGGAUUUGGAUUUAUUGGGCAUCGAGAUAGAUGACAAUACGUUGAUACCAGGGUUGGCUGUUGCCUCUUCACGUGCAAAACCACUAGCAGCUUGGAUGAAUGGACUGGAAGUCUGUUCAAUUGAAGCUGAUACUGGUCGAGCCUGCUUGAUUCUUUCGGUUGGAAUUUCAACACGUUAUGUUUACGCAACCUACAAGAAAACUCCCGUGAUGACAUCUGAAGCUGAAGCUUGGGAAUCAGCAAAAAAGUCCUGUGGGGGCUUACAUUUCCUCGCCAUCCAAGAGGACCUGGAUUCAGAUGAUUGUGUUGGAUUUUGGCUGCUGCUAGACUUGCCACCGCCUCCUGUAUAACCUUUAGCAUCAACAACAUCUAUGUAUUCUACGUUGAGUCUACAUUUUCUGUUUUAA